AUGCUGCCACGAUCGCUGGAAAAGGGUACGUCCUUCACGGGGCAGCAAACGACGGUGCUUGGGAUUGGGGUAGCAUUUAUGGCAUUUACCUCGGCUGUAAUUGCCCUUCGCGUCUACGUCAGGACACUUUUGCUGCGCGCGUGGGGAGCUGAUGACGUCCUUAUGGUAAUCGGAACUUGUAUAUGGGCUACACGCCUCCUCUACGUGCUUGGAUUGUGUUUCAUCAAGCUAUCUCUCCUAUGGUUCUAUCUCCGGCUUGAAACACGACGUUUCAUGCUAUGGCUUGUGUACUCCGUUAUCUUCAUAGUUCUGGGAGUAUCGAUCUCAAGCUUCUUCGUUGAUACAAUCUCCUGCAUACCACCUUCUAAAUUCUGGAAUUCGGCCAAGUCAGGACAUUGCAUGUCAACGGCGUCCCAGCAGAAGUUCUAUGAAGUUAAUGGCAUCCUCGUCAUUGUCAUGGAUAUUCUCAUCUGGGCUGUUCCCAUUCCGAUGCUAUGGCGUGUUCGUAUCUCUUUGCGGAAGAAGAUUGCAGUAUUGGGGGUUUUUAGUGUAGGCCUUUUGUCUAUAGCUGCUGCUUGCGUGAGAUACAACACCGUCUUGCAACUAGCCAACAAUCCAGAUGAAACAUACGUGCUGGCUGCCUCGCUUAACUGGUGUGGCAUCGAAGCCUACGUCGGUACGUACCAUUUUCCAUGCCUGACUGUUCCUGUUUUUAACAGCCCAUCAGUCUUCUAUUCCACCAAGUACGCCAAGACAUCAUACUACCACAUCCCCUCCACCCUCAACUUAGAAGACGUUCAACAAAUCCUCCACAACCACUCUACCCUAGCACAUAUAUUCUGGCCCCAAUUAGCAAACGAUCCAGAAAACCUUCUUUUCGAAAACCAAACCGGUCCUAGCACUACGGAAAUCCAGAUUCGCCCAGCAUCAGGUUCCGGUCCCGGCCCUUCCGGGACAAAAUGCAAAGCUAGCAUAACUUCUCACCAUGAGGCCAGAGAGGUCGUCGUCGCCGAGGAAAUGCCUCUCGGGCUUCGGAUGACGCUGGUUUAUAGGAUUUCUGACGAGCCUCCGCAGGGUAUUUCAGCAGAAGAGGGUGAUGGCCUGCUUGCGUUGGCUGACUCGCAGCCUUCUACGUCGCUCUCGGGCACUGGGUCACGAAUAGGGCUGUAUGUGCAGGUGGAGAGAUCAGUAAUGGCACCGAGACCUCUUUCGAUGCUAGUCAAGAUGACAGACGGGCCGAUCGUCAAGACGAAGAAUCUGUUGUUCGUUUUGGAUGAGUUAGGGAACGGGAAGGAGCUGGAUGCUGCGUUGGAUGCUCUGAAUGAAUUGGGAGAGUCGGAUGAUGAAGGGGACGAGGUGUUGGAGAAGUAUAAGGCGGAUUGA